CGAAAACCCCGACUGGUCUGAAAUCUGAAUGUUUGAUAAAAAUUAAGGCGUGUACCUACCUACUACAAUAAUAACACCAGUCUAGUGCUUAAUAAAAUAAUUGCAAUUUGUAUUUACUAGUGGCCUAAAUAUUCAAAAUCACCCAGUCGAUCUUAGUUUAUCUCUGUUUUCUUCGUCUGUCACAAGUAAGUCAGUUAAAUCAAUCGACAAUUGCGUACCGAUUUUGAUGGGUUCGUCAAAUGUAUCGAUUGGAUUUAUUACGUUUUGCUCGAGUUGUAUUUCAUUAACGUCGGGGAUUCAGUAGGGAUUUUGGGGCGUGUACGGCGAUUUCUCGACUGACGCGUCAGUUUUUCUAUUUUACAGAUCGAGAAAAAUGGUGGACACUGGCUGCUUUUUCAACAUUGACGGCGGAUACUUGGAGGGAUUGUGCCGCGGCUUCAAGUGCGGCAUACUCAGACACGCAGACUACCUGAACCUCGAACAAUGCGAGACCUUGGACGAUCUUAAAUUGCACUUGCAAUCGACGGACUACGGUCAGUUUUUGGCCAACGAACCCAGCCCUCUGGCCGUGUCCGUCAUCGACGACAAGUUGCGCGAGAAGCUCGUCAUCGAGUUUCAACACAUGCGCAAUCACGCCGUGGAGCCGCUCAGCACGUUCCUCGACUACAUCACUUACAGCUACAUGAUCGACAACAUUAUUCUGUUGAUCACCGGUACUCUGCACCAGCGUCCGAUUUCCGAGUUGAUACCGAAAUGCCAUCCUCUUGGCAGUUUCGAGCAAAUGGAGGCCAUACACGUAGCCGCCACUCCGGCCGAACUCUAUAACGCCGUACUGGUCGACACGCCCCUGGCUCCGUUCUUCGUGGACUGCAUUAGCGAACAGGAUCUUGACGAAAUGAACAUUGAAAUCAUCCGUAACACGUUGUACAAGGCUUACUUGGAAUCUUUUUACGAUUUUUGUAAGAAAUUAGGAGGCAUAACUGCCGACACUAUGUGCGAAAUACUGUCGUUCGAGGCCGACAGACGCGCGAUCAACAUUACGAUUAAUUCAUUCGGCACGGAACUGACCAAGGACGAUCGAGCCAAGUUGUAUCCGAGAUGUGGUAAACUCUAUCCAGACGGAUUGGCCGCUUUGGCUAGGGCCGACGACUACGAUCAGGUUACUUUUAAAACGAAUACAAUCAAAACGAAUAGUUCUUAAAACAAUUUAAUAUUCAUUACAGGUGAAAGCUGUGGCCGAGUAUUUCGCCGAAUACAGCGCUUUGUUCGAUGGCGCUGGUACAAAUCCUGGUGAAAAAACCCUGGAGGACCGGUUCUUCGAACAUGAAGUCAAAUUGAACGUCAACGCUUUCAUGCGUCAAUUCCACUAUGGUGUUUUCUUCUCGUAUCUGAAACUCAAAGAACAAGAAUGCAGAAAUGUUGUUUGGAUUUCAGAAUGUGUUUCUCAAAAGCACCGGGCUCGCAUGGACAACUACAUUCCCAUCUUCAAGUAAUUUAAUAAACCGAUGUUUUCGAUGUACACACGCAUAAUAUAUAUUAAUAUCAUCAAUUUAACUUUAUAAAUACCCUGUGUAUUGCAGUUUUGAGAUAUAAUUAGAUUGUUCAAUAGGUUGCGUAGUAUAUUCAUUGUUUUAUUUAUCAUUCCAACUGUUUAAUUUUAUGUAUGAAGUAUUGUUGAUAGGUUGUCGAUAUAUAUUAUUGUUUUUGUUUUUAUUAACUCUGUAAGUGUCAAAAAAAAAAAAAAAAAAAAUGAUUAUAAAUUAUAAUUGAAUUAUUCUAUAAAAAAAAUUAUCACUAAAAGUUGAUGAUUAUAGUUAUGGUUUCAUUUUAGAAAUUGAUUUCAUGCAGAGAACAAUUAUUUAAUCACAUAUUAAGCAAAAUUGACUGUAUUAAUUUUGUUCGAACAGUUCAUAAACAUAUUGUAUUUAAAUACAGUCUUAAUGAUGUUUAUCAUGAAAGAAUAAAAUUAAUUUUGAAAUUACCAGUUAUUUUUGUAUUAAUUACCUAUUUAUUUUGUAAUAAACAUUGUAGUUUUGAAAAAAAAA